AAACUGAUAAUGGGGGAGAAUUUUGUAGCAAGGAGUUUAAUGAUUUUUGCAGUGAGCAUGGUAUUAAGAGACAUCUUACAGUACCAGAACACCACAGCAGAAUGGGGUUGCUGAGAGAAUGAAUCGAACUCUCAUGGAGCGUGCUAGAUGCAUGAUGAGCACUGCAAAAUUUGGGGAAGGAAUUUCGGGCUGAAGCUGUUAACACUACAUGUUAUCUAAUCAAUCGCUCACCCACUGUUUCUCUCAAGAUGAAAACUCUGGAGGAGGUUUGGUCUGGUAAACCUGCAAAUUAUUCUUUCCUUCGAAUAUUUGGAUGUGAUGCUUAUGUUUGGGUGCCUAAGGAGGAAAGAACCAAAGUUGACAAAAAUUCAAAAAAAUGUAUUUUUCUUGGCUAUGAGACAGGCACAACUAAAAAAGAAGAAGCAAGGAAGAUUGUUAUUGAGCAAGAAGCUAGUUUUGAUGAUGCUGUACAGGAGGAAAAUAUUCAAAAUGAUCCUCAAUUUGAGUCUGAGCCUGAGUCUAAGCUUUUACAUGAAGGAACUUCAUCUGGUGAUACUGUUUCGCCUCGACCUCGAAGGGCCAUUAGACCUCCAACGAUGUAUGAUGACUGUUACAUCUUUGAAGCCUCAAUCUAAUUAUGUAUGUGCUUAUCUUGCUUUGUCAGAAGAACAUGAGCCAACUUCUUUCAAAGAGGCUUGUGAGUCUGUCAAUUCUGACCAAUGGCGAGGUGCAAUGGAGGAGGAGAUGGAGUUUUUGCAAGAACAAAACUUGGGAUCUUGUUCAGCUACCAGAAGGUUGAAAGGCAAUUGGAGGUCACUAGAUAUACAAGUUGAAAAAGGACUCAAAGGGGAAUAUAGAAAGAUACAAAGCCAGACUUGUGAUUAAAGGGUAUGCUCAAAAACCUGGUAUUGAUUUUGAUGAAGUUUUCUCACCAGUUGUUCGUAUGACUACUAUUAAAGUUGUUUUAGCUCU